AUGUCUUCGCCUCCGCACGAAAGCUACAUCAGGCGAUGCACGACGUUGAUUCUCGUCACCACCAGAACCCCUCCCCUACUCCUCGACAUGAUCAUCGACCCCAGCCGACGGUCUCCCCGCGUCCCUCCCGAGGUCUCAGACCACAUCAUACGCUACCUCGACCCCAGAGGCGAUAGACAAACGCUACUCCGUUGCGCUCUUGUCUCUCAGGGAUGGCUUCCGACAAGCAGAUACCUCCUCAGCUCCAAUGUCGGCUACCUCGCAGCCCAUCAAGCAUAUCUCUUCGUCACCCGUGUCGUUCUAACAUCCCUGUCAGUGUCCCUGCCUCCGUUCCGGACGCUCUUCCUGGAAGAAGACAGCAACCUACAAGAGCACUCGCCUUCGUUGGCCCCACUUCUCGCCUGCAUGGCCGGCCGCGUCCCCGCUCUCGAAACCGUCGCCCUGGCCGGCAUCGCCUGGUCUUGCGCGACGGCGCAGCAGGCCAUCAUUUCGCUUCCCACCUUCACAGCGCUGACCAAGUUCGAGCUACGGCGGUGCAACUCCCCGGCUUUCUCGCUCCUCCGACGGACCAUGGAGGCGAUCCCCAAUCUGCGCGACCUCGUCGUUAUCGACACCCACUUCCCGAUCUCUCCUAUCGAUGUCAUACCUGCACCACACCGCGGCCCUCGACCAGCACUCCACUCCUUGUCAGUAUGGACCUCGGCAGGCAAGGAAGACUGUCAGGACGUGCUCCUCCACUACAUCGCAAGCACUCCUUCGUGUACCACCCUCGAGGAGCUCAUCUUCCGCCGGGACGACUCCGUGGAGUCAACCCCCGGCCUCUGCACGACGCUGCGCGUCUCUGCUCUCGCCAAACUCAUGGCGGUCGUCCGCAAGCUCACCAUCCACGUCCCGUCUCACCUGGCCCUGCCCUCCCUCUUGAGCUUAUCGAAUAUGGAGAACCUCACCAUCGAGGUGGACACGGGCACGACAGCGAGUCUCCUCGCCAUCGCGCGCAGACUCGCGCGAGGGAACAGCCCGCGGCUGCGCCACGCCGAACUCAGGCUCCCCGCCAGCGCCGUCACGAGCGCAUCGCGCGCGGCUCUCGACGAGCUCGCAGCGCUCAUCUCGGACGCUCGAUUUCCAGCCGUGGAGAGCGUGUCCCUCCAGCUAUUGAUAGAUAGCCAUCCCGAGGAGAAGAGUGUCUGGAUGGAGCGCGCCGCCGGACGUAUGCUGUGGAAGACGGUGCCGGAAAUUUCGACGAGGGUGUUGCCUCUGGGAGUCGCUGGACAGGCGACAAUGGCGGUGGAGAUUCACACCGACAAUCAGGAGGAACCGCUGUAA